AACUGUACUUUAUUGUCCUUAAUUAUAUCGUUAAUUAAACUUUAUAAACAUUUCUUAAAUACUUACAUUUUAAGUUACAUAUACUACUUCGUUUUAUGCAUCACUUUAAACUCAAAUCUUUAGACAAAAUAUGAAUUUAAACUUCCUAUUGAACUAAAGUUCAAUUAUCACAGUAUGGCAACAAUAUUCCAGCGGUUAGUGUAAAUAACAGUUUUUGCCUUUUAUACCGUUUUAUGAAUACGAGAAUUUUCAACCAGUGUUUAUAUUCUUUAUAACAUAGUCUGCACACUUGAAGAGCAUUUGUGCUGAAAUCUUCGGCAUUCAAUAUCAAAUUGUUCGAAAAGUGUUUACCUGAUUGUUUUUAACUUACUAGUGCUUUCUGUGCUUCACUGUUUAAAAAUCAACAUGGAAUCUGUCACGACUGUAAGAAGAAAUUUUAAUAUAUCUCCACAACAAGAGUUUAUAAUGCAGGGUAGUAUAAUGGACACUUCUUGUGAAGUAUUACUUCAUAGAUUACGAGGCCUAUGUGAUAAUGCUGAUGAACCUCCCGAAACAUUUCAUGAUUAUGAAAUGGUGUUUCAGAUACGUGGACCCACUGGAACACCUAUGGUUGUGAAAGCAAGACAAGCCCUUGAUCAUCCUGAGAUGCCAUGGCAUCUGAAGUACUCUGGGCAACCUGAAAUCGGAGAUAAAAACAGAGCUGCAUUAAUUCGCAGUUGUAUUGAUGUAGAUACGUCAAGUAACAUUGUACAGUUCCUUAAUGAACUUGGAUUUAGACUAGAAUAUGAAUAUGUUUUAAAAGGUUUCAUGUUCAGAAAAGGGAGGAUGAAGGUGAUAGUUGCCAAAGUAUGUCGACUACUACAACUGAAUAAUCCAGAUAGUAUUGAGCCUGUCUCCCAAUCCUAUUUGGUUGAACUGACUGUUGUUGCUCCUGCGGGUCAAGAAGCAAUUGCCGAUGAAAUCAAAGCAUUUUCAGAGCAGCUUAAACCAUUGGUGCAGUUGGAUAAAAUAGAUCAUCGGCGUCUUCAGCAUUCGUAAUUCUUAAUCAGAAUGGAAAAAAUGUCAUUGUGUACAAUAUUUAAAAAACAAAAACUAUUAUAUAUUUUUGAAGUUUUUUUUUAAAAUCAUAUAUUUGUGUUUUUACAAGAAAUAAAGUAUUGUUUAAAAAUAUAUAAUGUACUUCAUAAAAUUAUUGUUGUUCAUUGUGCAUAUAAUGAGAAUAAAAAAUGAAUCAUUGCAUAUACAUUAGAGGUUUAUUAAAUAAUCCUUUGCAAAGCUUUCUUUAGCUUUUGAAUACUUUAUAUCAUAGUCUAGACGUUAAGACAUAUACCUUUUCAAAUAUUAUUUUGAAUUCGGAAAACUGUAGUAGAAAAUAUGCUAAUAAUAAAAAUCAUACUUCUAUUUUUAAAAGUGUUCUUCUGUAAUACCCACACUUAUCAAACUAUAAAUAAUCUCUACUAUGAAGUAAUGAAGAAACUGUAUAUAUGUAUAUUCCUGGCUUUGUGGAAAAAUGGCAGCAUGUGGAGCAACCGAAUUUUGAACAUGUGUUGUCCUUAAACCUGAAUGAAUGCAUCUCAAAGCUCAAAUUUUGAAUUUCAAAUUUGUGUUUUAUUUAUUUCAUGUUUUAUACGAAUUUAAUGAAUUUUUGGUUAACAAACUCGGUGUUUUAAAAGCAAGCAGCAGUGACACUGCUCAAACUAAUUUUUUUUUAACUCCAGUCUUUUACACUGUUGUCAUUUGGCAAAUUAUAAGAUACUUAUCCUUCACUUUUAAUCAACAAACUCAGCUAUUUAAAAGCUAUGUGUUGUCACUGCCUGAAAUAAAAUGCUUCUAUCUUCCAUGUGCCAAUGCAUUACCAUUCAGUAAAGUGUAGGAUAGUUAAUCUGUCUGUUAUUGAUUAGUGAUUUUAAAUUAAAUGAUUUUAAAGCAGUAAAUAUAGUUCUUAAGAAAAUUGAUUUCUAUUUUUAUGAUUGAUUUAAAUAAAAAUGCAUUUAA